CACCACCCACCUUCAGCAACUCGACCAUACCAACACCUUAUCGCACCCUCCCUCCUCCAACAUCCAUCCCUUUGAGACAACCGUUCAACAUGGAAGGACGAAAGUCUGGAGAAGGCAGCUCGGGGCCAACAAAUCCCAACGCCAGCAAACGGAAGCGGCCCCAACCGUCUGACAAAGGCAAAGCAAAGAAGGCAGCAAAGGCCUCCGUACGGAAGAAGCAUCCACGAGAGCAGAGACUCAAGGGAACCCAGACAACCCGGACGCUGAUUUCUCGUCUGACCAGCACCCGAGGAGGCACCCAGUCUGCCACGAACUCGUCCGGGGGCGAAUCUUCAGAGGAUGAGUCGGCCAGCGAGUCCAACGACAGUUCCGACGAUGAGAAUGGCCGCACUAAGAAACGACAGAAAGACACACCCAAUACCAACCAGGAAGCUGAAGAGGAUUGCAUCAUCGAAAGCCAAGACGAUGACACAGCCGAUGAGGAUGCCGUCCAGCCGCCCCGCAGGAUCGUGGACCAGGAGCGGGUUCAGGAAGAGGCAAAUGUGCCAGGUAUAAAAUUACCGGUAGCGGUCGGAAUAAACAACGAGGAUGGGGACCCUGUCGAGGUUGCCACGCUUGGUCCCUACGACAUGCGAAUCUGGGAGAAGGGUGUGGGCGACGCGGCCAACAAUCGAUUCUUCUCGUUGAGUCCACCUGAAGCAGUCCGGAUCCUGACCGAGACGAUGGGAACAUUUUGGAUCGUCACCAGGGCCUGUUCGAUGAUGAGCAUGUCUGGGACCCAAACUGCUGUUGAGGCUCGACUUGGAGUGGAAAUGCCAUCCUCGAAUAGCAUGCCCUUCUCUCGAGCGUUUGUGGGAUUCUCGGCUCAUUUGCUAGCAGACGUCUAUAUGAGCCCCGGCAAGGCUGGAAGCGUUGGAUCAAAGGUCGUCAAGUUGUUUGAUGAUGCAACUGGGGUCCAAUUCAAGACGGAACCUGGAUCAAAGCUGUGCGCGGGGAAUUUGAUUUGGCAUGAGAAGUGUCUGGUCCCUACAGUUAUCGGGACUAUCAAAAAUCUCAUCGAGUACGACACACCAGAAGCGAGUGACAAGGAUGCGAGGGCGGAAGCCUGGGUAUUUCUUGGGCGUGAGCAUCGUCGGUCCCUGAAAGGUCUUAGCCCUAUUCCAUACGGCUCCUGUCUCCCAUCACCUAAUGGAAGCAAUCAGCCAGAUAUGGGUUGCCUCUAUCGGGAUGCAUCAAUAGACACACACUAUAUGCUGCAGUGGCCGCCACUGGCUGUCUUGAAGGUGCCUCGUGAGAUGCUACGGAUCCUUCAGCAAUUUCUGUCUGCUCAUCGCAGGGACCCAAUGCCACUGAAUCUGGCUGUGGCGGCAACCAUCAUCUAUUUCGACUUAAAGAAGAACGAUUGGGAACCAGAGGGAUUUGUCAAGAUUCGAAAGGGGCCUUCUCCGCCUAUUCACCCUCCACCUCUAGGGGUUUUUAUCAUCUAUUUCCCCCACCUUCUCAGAUUCACGGAAGUUCGACGCCUCACUAGGGAAUCCGAGAUAAAGGCAAUGGCGGUUGACUACGAUGGAUUGGAUGUUGUUGCUUUGGCGGCGUUGGUUGCAAAAAUACAGUCUACGUCGGCAGAAGUACCUGCAACCAUGCGGGUCCCACUCCUACCUCAGUCUAUGCCAGGUUCCCAGAUGGUGUGGCCAUUAAGCGUGACGAGGGGAGAGCCGCCAUCUGACGGGCUCUCAAAUCUGUGCCUGCUCAACGACAUUCGAGUCCUCGGAAUCCCGAGUUACCACAAACGGGAUGGGAACCACAUGCAGAUGGUGGGGCUUCCGAUGAGGUGGGCAGUCAAAUGGGUGCGAUACAAUCGCCAGUGGCAACGAGUGUCAAAACAGCCUGCUUCUGCCUUCUGGCACCCUGAGAGAAAGGCCAAGUUGGUUUCCUUGACAGGACCCUUUCCGAAAAUUGGGCCUGUAUUCGCAGACCUGGAACCUGCCCUUCUAGAAGAGGAGAAGGUGCCCGAGCCACAGGGCUCCUGGGAAUGGGAUGACCCGAGCACCUACCUGAGAACCUUGUCACUUGACGGCAUAAUCGACAGGCGGCUCCGUGAAGAUAUUGCGAGGACCAACACUGCUCGGCUUCGGGUCGCCCUGGGCAGUGGUGCGUUCCCUUCGGACCUACGAUUUGAUGAGGAUGAUUGGCUUCUCCACUGGGCAGGAAUGGGAUCCGCCGUGACAAGAGCUGCUGCAAACAACCAACUUGGGAAGAUGGCCGCUGCUCCUAUCAUCUGGAAACCACAAGAACAAGUCGAGCCCCGAGUCGUAGUGGACUUGACGGGGGUCCAACCACGACUUUACGCAACUAUCAGAGAGCUUCUUGAGCCCGGUGACCCAGUGGGGUUGGUCACCCUCUUUCAAUACCUGCAGGACCUUGCCGCCGAGAUCUUGGGACCGCUUCAGCAAAUCGUUGAGUUCGUCGGUCAGGAUGAACAUGGCGAGGCAAAGCAGGAAGAGAUUGAGAAACUGCUACCCCGAACGGUAUUGAGAUUCUUUGGGGCUAUCGAUUUUGAUGAAGGGAUGCCUCCGGAUACGUCGCAACAUUGGCACGAGUUUACGAAGAACUGGACGGAUCCCGAAAAUAAGAAGAUCAGUCAAUUGGUGAGCAUGAUGAUAAUGUUUUGGGGAAAUACUGGAUCCUGGAGCGUCGUUAAGCCUGUUAUGGCUUCACUGAUGGCUAUGCCAAACAUUGAGGGAGCAUUGAGAGGAGGUCUUCGAGCGUGGGACCUUGCGACGGUGGAUAUGGACGUGGUGUUGGCAGAGAUCAAGGCCAGUGAAGAGGCGAAGAAGAAUGCGGAAGCGGAGUCGGACCCAAACGCCACCCAGGAACCCCGACCGAGACCUGACGGAGAGUCUGCCCAAAUUAUGACCAGUCCUAAGCCAUCUGGACAGGGAGUUGCCGAGGGAACCGAGACGGAGGUUGGAGAGGCUGUGGAGGGGGGAACCCUGCCAGGAAAGGGUGUUUCCAAGGAUUGAGGAUAGAAGUUUGCUGCGAAAAGGGUUUCUUUGUCUGCAUUUAUCUGGGGUUACGUCUCCCUUACUGGGAGGCAUUAGAAUAGUCCUGGGAACCAGCAGGUCAGUAUUGCUGAGUAUUUGGGGUGAUGGUUAUGGGUACGGUGCAUCAUGCUGAGGGUGUCGGUACCGUUAUUAAGCAGGACGUGCUUACUGCUGGGACGGACGAAUCGAAGGCAAAGGCAGAGAUAGGUUCCUGGGAGUUAUUUUUGAGAAUACCGUCAACGCGGUAUAUAGAUGCACUGGGUCGGGAGAUAUUACAGAUACAUCCAGUAGCACACUGCAUACAAGUAGGCGCAAAAGUCGUUCAUAAGUGUUUUCGCCUGCCUCACCAAGAGCUGCAGCAGUUAC